UACCCGCAUUCUUUUGUUUAAAAGUCUUGAGUUCAAUUUGCUAACAUUUUAAAAAUCUUCAAGUAUCAACAGAUCAAAGACAAAGGAUGAACCAAAGUGAGGGAUGUUCUUCGGAGUUCAAAAACAGAUUAGAAUAUUUGGAAUUCUCGCCAUGUAAAGACAAGGACGUUUCUUCACUUGUACCUGGAAUCAACAAAUGGAGUACUGAAGAUCACAGUAAUGACAUUCACAGCGAAUUCCGACCAAGACUGCAUUCGUCACCUUACGUUGACGAGAAUUUUGUUGGUCGUCUACGUACGAUAAACAAAGAGAAGCAACGUUUUCAACCUGUGCCCUUUUUAUCCAUCGACGACGAAAGUUCUCACAUCCUAACAACACCGCACCUGUCACAUUAUACAUCAAAAGAACAUGCAGAGCAGUUUACGGAUUCCGGGGUUGAUUCUGUCGUCGGUUUACAACAAACGCGCUUCUAUGACAAUCUAUCGUCCCGUGGCUACCCAGCAGACUCUGGCGUUGUGUCGUCUGUGGGACUUGGUUCCUUAGGCAGUUUAUAUCAUAGUAAUGAUACUGGCGAAUUCGAGGCUAUCGAAAAGCGCGCGGAAGAAGAAAAAUAUGCUUUCGACCCGCUCGCGCCACCUUUUAAGCCGAGGAGUACCGUAACAACAACGCAUGACCUACAAUUUGAUAAAAGCAAUGUCAUGGCAAUAGACGUAGCAAAUUACGUGUCGUCCAAGUACAACAAAAAGCCUGUUUUGGAAGAAGCCCGCUUACCAUUUUCCGAUAUUACAAAUCAUAUAUCGGAUUUACCCGAAUUGAAAAUGACAAGUAGAAUUCCAAAAGCAGGAUUAUCCCAUGAGCCGAAUUCGAACACGUUAAUUCCUCCUUCCUCAAACUGUUAUUGGUCAACAACAAACGAAACAACAUCUAAAAUUGUUCUCUCGACUUCAGUCAGCACAAAUGUUGCUGCGUCUUCGCGAGAGAAAAUGCCUGUUUUGAGCGACAUAGUAACUUCUGACAGCGUACUACGGCAACCUGCAAUUGCGAAAUUGGAAGAACCCAAUCCAAUCACAAAUGGAAUAAAGAAUUCACCACUUGCGAAGACCUGGAUAUCACCACGUUUUGGAGACGCUACGAAUUCGAAAGUUAUGACUGCUAAAUCAAUUUCUCCUACACCCUCUUUUCAAAAUAGAAAGGAAAACAUACAAACAGAAAAUAUGUCAACAAUAUCUAACCCAUUCGAUCUUGGACUUGGUCUCGCCACAGGCAGCAACAUCUCUGUUUGGAAGGAUUAUGACCUUUUAAAUCCGCAUGAAAAUCUAAAGACUUCGGCGUCACAUAAUGAUGAUGGGAAUUUGGACUCCAAGUGGAGGGUGAAUCAGAAUCUUUUUCGCAUGAACUCUCUCUCUAGUCAAAGAUACACGGAUCUGCAAAAUCCACAGAAGAAAGUAACAUUUGCUGAUAUUGUACAAGCCGGAAUCAGGGCGAUAAACAGACAAAAAGCCGAAAAUCCGGAUUUUUACGCCCCCACCUAUGAACCAUCAUCAUCUUCAGCCAUGGAACCGCCCACUAUUCUUCAUGUGACGACAUUCGAUCCAAAUCACGAGCGAAAUGAUAUCUUUGUCGAUACGGGGAAACUGAAGAAUGAUGAGCAAGAAACGCACAAGCCUUCGAAGUAUCGGACAGAGCCAUGCACAACCUUUCAUACGAUCGGCGUUUGUCCAUAUGGUACACGUUGCAAUUUCUAUCACACGGACGCAGAGCGAAACGAACUUCCGACCCUUUCCAGUGCAAUGAGGUACAAAACAAGACUUUGCAAGACCUGGCAAAAGGCGGGAGAAUGUCCAUAUGGGAAUAAAUGCGACUUUGCUCACGGUACUGACGAUUUGGCUUCCAAUUGCCCAUACAAACCUCAUUAUAAAACUAGGAUGUGCAAAGUUCUUCAACAAACCGGUAGAUGUCCUUAUGGAGCACAAUGUACUUUUGCUCACGAACAUUCGGAACUCAGAACCGACAUAUCGAUGAUAUACAAGUACAAAACUGAAAUAUGCAAAUCGUGGUCAAGGGGAUUAGAAUGUGCGCAUGGUACCGACUGCCAUUUCGCCCACGGGGAGAAAGAAUUGAAGAAUGAAUCAGAUUUAUUUGGUAGAUGAAUGUACUAUCUUUGGAUACUUGUUGAAAAUUUGCGUUUUUAAAUGAACCAAAAUGAUGAAUUGUAAAAGUGUUGACUGACUCGUAUCAUCACAACUUAUAACACACAACUAUAAAAAUAAAAAAAGACUUUUUGUACUUAUGUUAUUUAUCGUACUACUUUAUGAAAAAAAAAAUUGUACUUAUGGUAUUUAUUGAUACUGAAGAAGUAUUCAAGUUAAUAUUUAAGAUUGAACAUAUUUUUGAUAAAUAAAAUUAAACAAUUUUCUAUUGAACUCCCUUCAUUGUUAACGUAGUUCAUCGGCAACUGCUCCAUGGAAAUGUAAAUUAAAUGCGUUUGCUCGUUAGAUGCGGUUGAUAAUAUUGGAUGUCAAUAUUGUAUUUUUAUGAACAUAGCCGCAGUUAUUUUCUCAGAGUGUUUUUCUAAAACUUCAGUUUCCAAUAGAUUCAAGUAUUUUCUCGGGAACUAAAUGCACCGUAUAUUGUUUUCGUUUUGUGUGUCUUUCCUUAUUUUGCUGUAAGAUUAUUUGAAGUUUAUGUGUGUUGUAUUACCUUACAUUAGAAAUUUUGUUCCAAGCUUAGUUUUCGUUUGUUUAUAAUUUCUGUGAUAACAUGUCACUCUUGAAGCGGGCAUCACCAUAAAAGUCUGAUUAUUGUUUGUAAAUAGAGUAGCAUUUAAUGAAAAACAAAUGUUCGCGAACAUUGUGUGUGGAGUAUUGUUAAAAGUAAAUUCUACCAAAUUGAUAAGUUCCUCGAAGUGCUUUUUUACAACUUUUACUCCACAAUUUUUGUACGAUUUUGUAUUGUUAUGAAAACUAUUUGCAUAUGCACGUUUGAAUGUGUGAAGUGUUGUGAAAUAAACUUGAUUAACCUAAAACAUCUUUUCAUAGUCUG